CCCAACUCAUUAGCCUACUCUCCCACUUCGAAGAGACAGAGACAACGAACCUGAGUGGAACCAAAAAGGAAGUUGCAACACAAUCUUAACUUUUCUAGAGAGAGAGAGAGAGAAAGAGGCCCAUUUGAUUUCAAAUCCUUACUCACUGGUUAUAAUGUGUUGAUUGACUGAUAGAAGGGGGAGUGAGAGACUUGGUCUUCUGUUUUGCUUGUAAAUCUGCACCAGGAGAAGAGGAAAAGAUGGUUGCAAGAACCCCACCCAAGCUGAGAAAGAUGAUGGCACUGGCUCCUCUCAAUCCUGUUCUAGUGAGAGAAACUCUCAAGAAGGUGGACCGGUGCAUGGCGAGACUGGAGGAGCUGCAGUACACGGUGGCCGGUGGGAGAAAAGUGGUGGCCGGUGUGAGUUUGAGCCCUCGCAGCACUCGAGGUUAUAUCAAGACGAGUGUCAGGUGCAAGCAAGAAUCAGUCAGGAUCAAGAAUUCUUCACUGAAAAAAUCUCCAGUGGGCAAGUUUCCUCCAACUGCAGCAGGAGAAUGGCGUAGGAUGUCCUUACCAGCAAUGCUGGUGGGUGAAACAGUGGGAGAAAUUCUCCAAGCUAGCAAAUUUGCUAGAGAAAUUUUAGCUGCUGUUGCUCAUAAACCCAAUCUUGCUGAUGACCCGAAAACUCCGAUGACCCAAUCCAAGAAUCGAAGACUGAUGCAUCACCCCGAAGACUCUGAGCUCAGGACUAGAAGAAAGAGGGAGAAGCAGAACAAGUUGAAAUCGGAACCCAAAUCGCCGACUCUCCAGAGGGCACGGUCGCGCAUCAACUUCAAAGUCUCUCCUCCGAAGCAAAGAGAGAGGGAGAGAGAUAACAACAGAUACAUGGCCAACAGAGUUUCCCCCAGGAACAGGCCUUGGGCUAAGAAGACUGUCCUUUUCCCCAACCCUCUGUUCCUCCCCACAACACCUGCCACAACGCAGAAGUUUUGCAAGACGAGGUCUCCGAUUAUAGCCAAAAAGAUCGUCGAAACUCCGCACAAGUUCUUGAUCAAGUCACCGCACUCGGCUUCCAAGUUGAAAGUCAAGAUCAAGAGCCCGCCGAAAGUUUGUAUCUCCCCGACAAGAGCUUUGAGCUUGAGCAAGAAGUUGCCAAAGCCAUCGACAGCCGCGAAAUUACGGAGGUCUUUCUCGCCUUCAAGAUUGGCAAAUAGAUUGAUGUCCCCGUUGAAGAGCAGGAAAUGCGUGCAAAAGAGCGACAAUGCGUUGAUGAUGAGCGGGCUGAAACAGCGUCCCGCUGUUUCGACGAUGCCAAUCGGAUUGGCUAGUCACAGCAGAAUUCCACUGAGGGGUUAAGUGCUUAUAUUUAUGCACUGGUUGAUGUGAAUAAUAAAGGUUUCUUUCAUCAGAGAAAUGUUCUCAUAGUCCAUUCUUUGUUAUCUCAUCUGCGGGGUACUUUUGUAAAUAACUCAUUUGUUCAUUGU